AUGGCAGCGUUGCAGGAGAAAAAGUCGUGCAGCCAGCGGAUGGAGGAGUUCCAGCGCUACUGCUGGAACCCGGACACGGGGCAGUUGUUGGGCCGGACCCUGUCCCGGUGGGUGUGGAUCAGCCUCUACUAUGUGGGCUUCUACGUGGUGAUGACUGGACUCUUCGCCCUGUGCAUCUACUCACUGAUGUGUACGCUCGACCCAUAUACGCCAGACUACCAAGACCAGCUGAAGUCACCAGGGGUGACCUUGAGGCCAGAUGUUUACGGGGAGAAAGGUCUGGACAUUUCCUACAAUGUCUCUGAUAACAGGACCUGGACGGACCUAGUGCACACCCUCCACGACUUCCUGGCAGGCUACUCGCCGGCGGCCCAGCAGGACAACAUCAACUGCACCUCCGGGAAGGUAUUCAUCCAGGAAAGCUUCAGCGCCCCCAACCACACCAAGUUCUCCUGCAAGUUCACAGCAGACAUGCUGCAAAACUGCUCGGGCCUGGUGGAUCCCAACUUCGGCUUUGAGGAAGGAAAGCCGUGUUUUAUUAUUAAAAUGAACAGGAUCGUCAGGUUUCUCCCCAGCAACCAAACGGCCCCCAGGGUGGACUGCACCUUCCUGGACCAGCACCACAAGGACAUCCAGCCUCUGCAGGUGGAAUACUACCCGCCCAAUGGCACCUUCAGUCUCCACUACUUCCCCUACUAUGGGAAGAAAGCACAGCCCCACUACAGCAACCCUUUAGUGGCCGCAAAGCUUCUCAACGUCCCCAGGAACACGGAAGUUGACAUCGUGUGCAAGAUCCUGGCAGAACAUGUGACCUUUGACAACCCCCACGAUCCCUUUGAAGGGAAAGUGGAAUUCAAGCUUAACAUUCAGAAGUGA